GGCUGAGGCCAGCCGUGGUGACGCCGCACACGGCGAAGUGCCCAACGAUUAUACCGUGUUAUUGCCGGUAAUGCCAACAGGCGACGAAGCGAAGUGUAGCCUGGUGCUGCACGCGGACACCCGCGGUCGACCGUAUCGAGUCGAGGACUUCGUCGGGCCCCUCAACCAGGUGGGCGUCAGGGAGGACAUAACAGGACUUGGAGCCUACCAGAUGGGCCACGUGUGGUUGGUGAAGUUGCGUACCGGUGAGGCCAAGGAAAAGCUGCUAUCCGCAGGAAACUUAAAGGUUAAAAAUCGGCUUUGCCUGAUCGUCGACCCUGUCAGGCGGGAACUGAGAGUAAAGGUGCACUGGGUGGCUUUUGGAGUGUCCGUCGACGCCAUCCGGAGAGCCUUUGAACCAUACGGCGAGAUCAAAGGUGUCGCUCGAGAAAAAUGGAAGAUAGAAGGCCUCGUGGACGUCGACUCAACGACCGUCACCGUGAGGAUAGUGCUCCGCGAUUCCUUGACACCCGAGUCUCUACCACACCAGUUCCGCAUCAAUGGCGGGAAUGUGCUGGUAGUAGUUCCCGGACGAGCGCCGCUUUGUCUACGUUGCCGCCGCACAGGACACAUUCGACGUGAUUGUAAAGUACCAAGGUGUGAAGAGUGCCGAGCCUUCGGGCAUGAGGCCAGAGACUGUGUGCGGUCCUACGCGCGAGCUGUCGCUGGCCAAAACCUUGAAGACCCGGGUGCGACCUACUUAAUGGAUGAGGUCGAAGCAGAGGCGGCGGCGACUCCUUCAACUCGGCAUGCCGCACCUGAGGAAUCCCCGCCUACCUCUGAGAUCACCAUGGUGCAGCGGAAUGCCCCACAAGACCAGACAACGAACCCUGCCCCUAAGCUGGAGGGGGCAACGGGCAACACGCAGCUUACUGAGAAGACACCGUCGCCAGCGUCACCAGCUAUUGGGGGCGCGGCCGGUGCUUCGGACGGUGAGGACGCAGUGGCCAUGGACUCAGAAGGCGCGUCGGUCAAGCGUAGGCACUGCGAAGUGGUUUCUGGAAACGUCGAGUCGCAUCAGCAAUCUCAGGGAGGGGAGAGUGGGUGGCAAACCAAGAAAGGAGGAGGAGCCGGCCGCGGACGCUCGUCCCACUCCCCCGGAAAGACGCACGGUCGCAAGGAAAACCCGGUUGUGGUCCCAUAGACCGUGUUAAAGUGGGUGAGUGCCUUGUGCUGUGGUGAGACCUUCCUUCUGCUAUAGUCACUCUCGGACGUCCCCUGCGCAUUGCCACGCUCAACGUUCGGGGACUGGCGGCUAGACGUCGGCAACGACAGCUCUACCGGCUGAUGAAUGAACAAGAACUGGACAUCGUCGCCAUCCAAGAGACGAAAGUAGAAAGUGAGGAGAGCACUAACUACAUGGUGCAGCCCUUCUUGGCACGAUACUUCGUUUGUGUAAGUCAUGCGGUUGGUCUUUCUGCAGGUUGUUGCCUUUUUCUGAAAAAAUCUUUAGGCGUAGUUGUGCAAACAGUUAUGACAUGCCCAUCUGGGCGUUUUGUUUUGUGUGAUUUUACUGUUCUAGGCCACGAGUGGCGAGUUAUUAAUGUCUACGCGCCAAACAAGCCAGACGAACGCCGUUUGUUUUUUGAGAACGCUUAUCAACAUUUUCAGUGCGAUCGUCUGAUUAUCUUCUUGGGUGAUUUCAACUGUGUGUGCCGAGCAGUGGACCGGUCUAACAGUGUGCGGUAUAACGACGCUAGUAUUCUCGCGUUAAACGACAUUACUGAGGAUUUCGUGCUCGAAGAUGUUGCUUGUUGUGCACCAAGUGCGAAGGCUGUGUCGUAUACUCACUUUCAGGGUGACAGUCACGCUAGAUUAGACCCUGUCUACAUUUCGUCUGAACUAGUUUCUUUGUGUUCUAAUUACUCCGUUGAUUAUGUCUCAUUUAGUGAUCACUGCCUUGUCAGCUUUUGGUUAGGAGAAUCAAAAAAGACGUCAUCAUUUACGUGGGAUUUGUGGAAACUUAACGCCAAGCUCUUGCGCGAUGAAUCGUUCGUUAGCACACUUAAGGCAACAUGGCAGGCGGUGGAAAGGAGGGGGCAAGGUGCAGGCGAGAGGUGGGAAAUGUUUAAACAGGAAGUUAAAAUGUGCGCGAUCGAGAAGUCGUGCGCUAUGAAGCACAAGGAAAGGAGGCAGGAAGCUGAAAUGCGCUUGUGUUUGAAAAAGCUUUUACAAGAAGAGUGUCGAACUCCCGGCAACUUAAUGGAAGACAUCAAUAAUCUGAAAGCUCGACUUGAAGUUUUAGAGCAAGAGCGAUAUAGGGGGGCGGCAAUUCGUGCACGUGCAGAGAAAUUAAUGGUUGGUGAAGCGCCGACAAAAAGAAUGGUGGCUGCGGAAAAAAAAAUACUCAUGCACUAUACUUCAUUGUAGAAAUUGAAUACCAAGGAGUUGUGUCAUUCGACGCAAGCGUUAUCGAAAAGGCGUUUGUCGAACAUUAUGUUGAUUUGUUUAGUUCCCACGCCCCUCAAUCUGAAGGUUUAGAUGGAGGACUUUUAUCUUUAAUGCCAUCUGUUAGUUGCGAUGAUAAAAAGUUUUUGGAGGCGCCGCUCAGUCUGUCAGAGAUAACAAAAGCGAUCGACGACCUGUCACCGAAUAAGUCUCCGGGCCCUGACGGGCUGACUGCGCUCUUUUAUAAGACAUUUAAAUCUGAACUUGCUCCCAUCUUACUUGACGUUUUUAUUGAAGCUUACGAACAAAAAAUCCUACCCCCCUCGUUUUCGCGUACCCAUACUGUUCUAAUCCCGAAGAGCGAUGACCCCGUAAAACUACGCAGCGUGACCUCUUACCGGCCUAUCUGUCUCACUAACGUUGAUUAUAAAAUAUUAAUGAAAGUUCUCGCCAGCAGGCUGCAGCGAGUGAUCACGAGUGUUGUAGGGCCACACCAGACGUGCGGCAUAAAAGGUCGUACUAUCCUGACUAACGUUCAUGUAGCGCGCAGCAUUCUGGAAUGCUGCGACUCCGAGCUACGGAAGGUUGCGAUGUUGCAGGUGGAUUUAGAAAAAGCAUUCGAUCGUGUUUCACAUGCCAUAAUCUUCAACAUUUUGGAGCAUAUCGGAGUAGGGCGAAUCAUUUUAGAGGGGGUACGAAUGGCCUACCGCAACUGUACGACGAACCUGAUUCUAAAUAAGCGGGUUAGCGAACGAAUACCGGUGAACUCAUCUGUCAGACAGGGAUGCCCGAUCUCACCAUUACUUUUCGCGUUGUACAUCGAACCCUUUUGUCUUAGUAUUAUUCAUGAUCGCUGUGUCCGCGGAUUUACUUUAAACACAUGCGAAGUUCGCAUACUUGCAUACGCAGAUGACAUCGCAAUCUUUUGCGCCGACAAGGAGAGUGUAAGAAGAGUAGUCGAAAUUACUAAAACGUUUUGUACUCAAACAGGUUGUGCCGUGAAUUGGGGAAAGUGUUCAGGGUUCUGGCAUGGCGAGUGGGCGUCGAAGCCAAAAGUAUUUGCAAGCAUUGAAUGGUCAACCCUGCCGACGCGUUACUUGGGAGUCCCGCUAAAUCACUAUCGAAACAGCAACGAUCUGUGGACUACUGAGACAGCUAAGUUACGUGAAAAAACUAUACAAUGCGGUGGACGACACUUGUCUAUUUUUGCACGCGCAACUGUGUGUAAUUUAUUUUUUGUAGCAAAACUCUGGUACAUGCUUCAGGUACUGCACUGCACGCGUAUUCACGUGCAAAAGAUACACCGAGUGUUUGCCGUGUUCAUUUGGGCCUCCUCUUGGGAGCGCACCAGCCGAACAAACCUGUUUCGGCGUGUUCGGAAUGGUGGCCUAUCAUUAACGCACCUUUUUCUACGACAAGUUGUUAAUCGCUUUCUUUUUCUGCGUGAUCAAAGUGAUCCCUUUUUGCGUACUGUCGUUCAGGUACAGCUUUGUGACGCUUUACCCGAAUUUAUUGUUUCAUCCGCUGAUGGUGCAAAUGGACCGCUGAGCCCCUUUUUAAAAGAAGUAGUCGCUGCUUGCAAAUUCCUAGCCGCGAGGUUUUCCCUCGAAUAUCUGGGUACUGUUUCGCGAAAAAGAUUGACGAAAGAUUUGACCGAGCUGUCUUGUCCGGCUCCCAUCUACCGCACGUUGUACUGUGCAAUACCCGGUAACGAUGUACUUAGUCGAGUGAAAAAAAUGAUGGUCCCUGCGAACACGAAAACAUUUUUUUUCCAUCUCCAUACCGGCACACUUCCCGUUAAAACGUGGCUGCAUGAGAAGGGCGUGUUUGUGCCCUGGACCGUAAAUUGUUUCUUGUGCAAACAGCCUGAGACCAUAGAACAUGUCUUCCUGUAUUGCUGGGAUGCUGUCUUUUACUGGGAUGUCUUGCAGCGUACUCUUAAGAAAGAUCUUCCGUUAACUGCGCACGGAAUACGCUUUCUACCGUUAGAUAAUGCACAUUGUGUGCCGUACGAUUUAAUUAUGCUUCUUGCACUGCACAGCAUAUGGAAGUGCCGCAUGGCAGUGCGACAUGCUGACUUGGACGUUCGACCAGUGUGCCAGUACUUUACACAAAGUAUCAGCCAAUUAAAGGAAACGUAUAAGGCUCUAGGAAACGACCCCGAUUGGCUGCCUGUCCUAGACGCACUAUCUGAAAUAAGAUCCUGUUAAUAUUUCUGUGUCAGCCAAAACUCGGCUGAGGUGUCUCAGAACUUGUUCAGUGUCUCUUAUCUUCUGUCGUUACGAUAAAUCUUACGGAAAAUAAAGAAAAAAAAAAAAAAAAAAAAG